AUGGCUCACACUGCUGCCGAUCCCACUGCAGAGCCUCGUCACUUUCAGGCUGCACUGAGUAUUCCUCAUUGGCGUGAUGCAAUGGAACAAGAGUUUCAGGCCCUCCGAAAGAAUGACACUUGGCGUCUUGUUCCUCCAGUGUCUGGCAUCAACGUCAUUGAUUCCAAGUGGGUUUUCAAAGUCAAGAGACAUGCUGAUGGCUCCAUUGAACGCUACAAGGCAUGGUUAGUUGCCAAGGGCUUCAAACAGAGGACGUCUCACUGGUCAGCUGUGAAGCGUAUUUUGCGCUAUGUCAGCCUUACUGCCUCCUAUGGUUUGCUUCUUCAGUCUGCACCAUCGUAUGAGCUCCCGGCUUUCUCUGAUGCAGAUUGGGCUGGGUCUCCUCCAGUGAGCACCUAUGCGGCGACGGCGACGGCGACAACGAGUGGAGGAGAUGAAGUGGAGGCAACUCGCGGGCCUCCUAGGGGGCCUGGUCCAGUUCUCCCCCGCCGCCUCCUCUGCUCGAUAUGGCCUCCAAAAGAAGGCGAUGCUCUGAUUCAGCUGUAUACUCAUUUCAUCUCUGAUUUUGAGAGGAAGAUCAAUCUUCUUAAAUUUGCUCACUUCGCGGUAGUAGUUUCACGCCAGUAUUCAGAUAAUGAUGCUGGUAUAAGCUAUCUCGAAGGCGUAAUUUUGAAGUUGCGUGAUACCAAGGAAUCACGGGUUGAAGAGCCCAUUCUGUAUGUGAAGAUGCAGAUUGCAAGUUUUCUUCUUGAGAAAGGGAAUCCAAAGGAGUGUAAGAAACUGGUACACGAGGGUAAAACCACUUUGGAUAGCAUGGGCGAUGUUGAUCCUUCAGUACAUUCGACCUAUUAUUGGUUAUGUUCUCAGUACCAUAAAGUGUGUCAUGACUAUUCUGAAUUUUAUAAAAAUGCUCUUCUCUAUCUUGCAUACACAACAGCGGAGUCACAUUCAGAACCAUUCAAACAGAACCUGGCAUUUGACCUCUCACUUGUUGCUUUAUUGGGUGACAACAUAUACAACAUCAGGGAGUUGCUUGCCCAUCCAAUUGUUUGA